AUGUCUCAGCAAGUUAGAAAAUCGGGACGCACUAGAAGACCACCCGCCCAUUUGGCAGACUAUGAAUUGAACGCUGGCACAGAAGAAAAAGGGCGCACACAGAGGUCCUUAGACGCAAGUAGGCUGGCUGUAGAGAGAGAUGCCUUUAAGCAUUCGAUCGAGAGAGAUGUGGCCCGGACCACCGAGAUCAUUACAAAUGAGGGCCGACGGGCCAUAAUAGUCAGAAUAAGAGAGCGUAUGCUCCAAAAGUGGAGUGAAUGUGAAGCACUCGUCAAACACUCAUUGGCCGUGUGCCAGGAUCCGUCAGAGAUGCAGUCUCUCUCAGAUUGGCUGGGUUUGCUCAGAAUUAGAGUGGAAACUACUGAAGAUAAGAUCAUUGAUUAUCUUGAAUCCCGUAAAAAUGAUGAUCCAUCUAUUGCAGGUUCUUUCUCGGGUUUUAGUUCAGAGUUUACCUUCGACGAAGCCGUGGAAGAAGAAGAAGACGAAGAAGCCAACCUGGUGGUAGUGGACGACGAACCAGAGCGAGCAGCCGCUGAUCAAUCCCCGGAGAAUCCAGGUGAUAGGGACCAGCCGGCCGAACCUGUGGAAGACAGAGUCGAGGAAGCUGCAAUAGAUGGUCAACAAGUAGAGGUAAAACCAGAGUUAGUGGUCAGAGAACCUCUUGUUAACCCUGGACGUGUUCAGUUACCGGUUGAGAGACCUGAUGAUGUCCCAGGAGUAAGACCAGUAUCAGUGAUUGGUGAUCAGGUAAUCGGUAAACAGUCUGGUGAGAAACCACAACUCCCAGAUGAAGAGCCGCCAGCGAGGGAGGAUGAUCAGUUAUCAUUUAAGUCAAGAGAGGCUGAGAUUGAGGCUGUGGUGGCGGAGUUUCGAGUAAAACAGGAAAAGGUGCGUCAUUCUCAAGAGAGUCAAGUGUUAGAAAUGCAACGUUGGUUAGCUCUUGAGAGGCAACAAGAUGCCGCAGAUCGGUACGAGCUAAAAGCAAAGUUGUGGAAAAAAGCUGAAAGGUCAGAGCCUCAUGAUUUUGUAAAACCUGAAAAAUUACGUUUUAACUUGCCAUUGCAGAAGGAGCCUAAGAGAGAAACGUCUUUAGACCCAACCACACCUGUGGCGACCUCCACGCCGAAGAUAAUAGAUAAGUUGGCAACAAGAGGAGAGUCUCCGUUGCAAGGAGUGCUUAAGCGUCUAGAGGGUCGGCAGUUAGAUACGUCCCAUUCUUGGAAAGCUGUAAGUUCAUUGGAAAGCCCUGAUGAUAAGACGGGAAACUCUGGUGAGUUACAUAGGUUUUUUCAAGGCAUGGCCAAACCCAAGCUCCCGAAAUUUGCUGGUGAGGCAGAACAGUAUGAGGACUGGCGGGCUCAAUUUGAUAUUUUUGUACACCAAGCAAAGGUCCCAGCUAGACACAAGAUGAUGAUGUUGAAAAACGCUCUUACUGGGCGAGCUAAAUGCCUAGUAGAACGUCUAGGGUAUACAGAUCAACAAUAUCAAGUUGCAUUGUUGAAAUUACACCAGAGAUACGGCGGUCAUCGUCGAUUGUUACAACGCUAUCUUGAUGCCGUAACGAGCUUCCCAGCUAUCCGGGAAGAGAAUCUACCAAAGUUAGAAGAGUUAGCUAAUCGUCUUUGUGAUUUAGUUACCAAGUUAGCCGACUCUGAUAGAUUACAAGAAUUGUCUGGUGUCUCAACACUAUAUACCAUGGUGAUCCAGAAAAUCCCUGAUUCGCUCCUGAUAUUGUAUCAUAACUCUAGAUCCAGCAAAGAUGAGGAAGGAUUGGCAGCCUUUGCAGACUGGUUAGACAGACAAGUGAACCUUCGCCUGGAGUUAGUGGAGCUGAAGAAAACUGCUGCGACGUCAGGAAAGAGGGCUAGUGGGAAACAGCAGGCGUCAAGUCAUGUGACCUCCAACACAAGUGAGAAUGAGAAGCGUCCAACUUCCAAUCGAAAUAAGGCAAGAGCAAAAGCGACUUCAAAUGCUGUAGGAGCUACGUCAUCCGGUAAACCUAGAGUUUGUCCUAUUUGCCAGGCUGGACAUUCAGUUCCGUAUUGUAAGAAGUGGAAGCAAGCCACCCCUAAUGAACGAUGGAUGAUUGCUAAAGAAAAACGUUUAUGUUAUCGCUGCUUGGAGGACUCGCAUGUUGGCGCCUCCUGUCCGAUGCCUGUUAAACGAUGCUCAAUUGAUGAAUGCCCCAAGACCCAUCAUACCACUUUGCAUCCUCUCGUUAGAAAAUCAACCUUAGCUUCAACAUCGGUGACUACUGAUCUGCCCUCCAGCUCGAACACAGAGAGUUAUUUUGGGCUGUCGGAGGAUGGGGUGGUGAAGCCAACGCGGAUUGGGUUAAGAAUCAUUCCUGUUUUUGUCCAAGGAGAGGGCAACCGUAAGUUGCGUGUAAAUGCACUACUAGAUGAGGGUUCCGACAGCACCUAUAUACGAACAAGUAUUGCUGAAAAGCUAGAACUUCCAGUAGUUGGGAACAAGCUAACAAUUUCCACCUUGAUGAACCGCGGGAAGUCUGUAGAUAGUGGUCUUGCAGCCUUAUCCAUUGAAAGUCUAGACGGCAGCCUUAAACGACGGAUUGGUGCUAGAACCUUAGAUAAUUUCUGUAACAAUCUUUUCAUUCCUAAUUGGAACAGGUACCAGGCAGAAUGGGAUCAUCUACGUGAUAUCAAGUUCCCCAAGUGCUCAGAGCCUAAGAAGAUUGACCUUUUGAUUGGUGCGGACCAUCCCGAGCUUACUAUGUCGUUGGAGGAGGUGGUAGGUCUUCCUGGUGAUCCAAUCGCCCGUCGUACCCCUUUAGGAUGGACGUGCAUAGGAUCCCUUGGUCAACACUCAACGUGCCAGCAUUGUGCGUCUAACUUAGCUCAUCUGUACCAUGUUAACAGCUCUCCUGAUAUAGGCCAGUUGGAGGAAGACAUGCGACGAUUGUGGAAUCUGGAUGUUAAUACCCCAGUACCGUCCCAGUGCUUCAGCCCCGAGGAAAAGAUAGCCAUGGAGAAAGCUCGGAGUACCAGGCGUUAUGUAGGAGACCGGUAUGAGAUUGGCAUCCCAUGGAGAGAAGACGCACCGCAGUUACCUAACAACCGUUCCAUGGCUGAAAGACGAUUCUUCUCGCUUGAAAGAACCUUGGUGAAGAAGCCAGAACUGAUGACCCGCUACAAUGAGAUAAUGGAGCAGAAUCGCGAGAAGGGUUACAUCGAGACGUGUCCAGAAACCAACCCAGAAGCACCAUGCUGGUAUCUGCCCCACUUCCCCGUCAUACGAGAAGACAGAAGCAACACUAAGGUUAGAAUUGUCCUAGAUUCAGCUGCCAAAUACCAGAACUUGUCCCUGAACGACACCAUGUUAGCGGGCCCUAAACUCCAGCACGACAUAAUAGACAUUUUGGUUGGUUUCCGGAAAGGUGCAGUAGCUUUGGUCGGAGAUGUGCGUGAAAUGUUUCCCCAGGUAGUUUUACGCGAAGAGGACCGGAUGCUGCACAGGAUUUUAUUUAGGGAAUUAGGCAGUCAGAAGCCGUUACAAGAGUUAAGAGCUGCCCGUUUGACAUUCGGAGAUAGAGCUUCCCCCUUUUUGGCCCAGUUUUUUGUGCAUGCACAUGCUCAGGAGAACAAGGAGAAAUUUCCCCUCGCAGCAGCUUCAUGUAAAUCCUCCCUAUACAUGGACGAUGAUAUUGACUCGACUGGAAGUGUAUCCAGUGGGAUUGCCCUGAGAAUUGAGUUAACCCAGAUGUUCCAUGAAGCGGGGUUUGAGAUCAGGAAGUGGUGUAGUAACCACCUAGAUGUGUUAGAUGGUGUAGCAGAGGAGGACCGUGUAGCAGGUGUGAACUUUGAGACUGAAGAGCUGCCCUGUAUGAAGACAUUGGGAGUAAAGUGGGAUGCUGGUUCUGAUACCCUUGGGUUUGAGUACACUCCAGUGGAAGCUACAGUUGUCACCAAGCGCACUCUCCUUGGAAAGAUUGCCAGGCUUUUCGACCCACUCCAACUUCUUGCCCCGUUUGUAAUCAGAGCCAAGAUACUGCAGCAGGAGGCUUGGAUCCUAGGCUUAGGAUGGGAUGAGCGAUUCCCAAAGGCAUUGGAAGAGCAAGUGGAUCAGUGGAUCUCAGAGUUACCUCAAGUAUCAAGAUUUAGCGUCCCCCGUUGGUGUUUUGAACCAGGUUGCAGAGAUGUUCAACUUCAUGUCUUCGUCGAUGCUUCAACUAGAGCGUAUGCAGCAGCUGUAUACUUGAGGAGUGAGUAUGAUGACAGUCAAGUUUGUAUCCGCUUAGUAUUAGCCAAAGCCAGGGUAGCUCCUUUGAAGGUUAUCAGCAUUCCCAGAUUGGAGUUAAUGGCAGCAAUGUUAGGAUUACGAUUGGCACUAAGAGUAGUUGAGACAUUAAAGAUGGCCGUGAAGGAUGUAAUAUUUUGGUCUGACAGCCUCGAUGUAAUCCACUGGAUCCAUGGUCAAACCCGACAGUACAAGCCGUUCAUCGCCCACCGAGUCUCAGAGAUACAACAGAAAACGCUCCCGUCUCAAUGGCAUCAUGUCCCUGGAGAACAGAAUCCUGCCGAUUUAGCCACCCGAGGAAGCAGUAUGACCAGCAUGUCAGAUAAGAGUGUAUGGACAGAAGGCCCUCAGUUUCUGUAUGGGGGGAGAGACAGCUGGCCAUCGCUAGGACCCCAGGCAACAUUUGAUCGUCAGUUGACAGCCAAAGCCCAAGAAGAGGUCAAGAAAACAGAUAUUGCCUGUGCUCAUGUCACUGGAAGUACAGACCCGGUCAACAACACCAUCUUUGAGUCUACUCGUUUUUCUACCUGGUCGAAGACGGUGAGAGUAACAGCGUGGGUGUUACGUUGGCGACGUCUGGUGACAGGCAGAAAACCUGCGGCACCCAGUUUAGAAGCUGAUGAAGUUCGAGCUGCUGAGAUGUAUUGGGUACGACACCUUCAGAGUAUGUUAGAAACUACAGUAUCCUCUGUGAAAGCAGGAAAAACAGUGCUAAGUAUGAGGUCGUUGUCCCCUUUUUUAGAUGCUGAUGGUCUGUUGAGAGUUGGCGGUAGACUGAAUAGAUCAAAUUUGCCAUAUGACGCUAAACAUCCUCUUAUCAUUCCAGGAAAGAACCAUCUCUGUACCCUGCUGAUACGACACUUCCACAAUCAACACCGCCACUCGAAAGGGGUUAAUGCACUGUUAGCAGAGACACGUCAACGUUUUUGGAUCCUAAGAGGCCGAGAGGAGAUCAAGCGUUUCAAGAGGUCCUGCAUCAUAUGCAAAAUCAGGAAGAAGAGGGUAGGUGAACAGAUGAUGGCAGCACUGCCCGAUUACCGAGUUACAAUUCCAUUAAGAGCCUUUGCAAGGUGUGGGAUCGAUUACGCCGGACCAUUUGGAGUGAAGCUGACCCGCAACACCCGUGGAAAGAGGUACAUUUGCUUAUUUACAUGUUUGUGUUCACGUGCUGUACACCUAGAAGUUGCAUAUGGCUUGGAUACCCAGAGUUUUCUGAAUGCUUUCUCCAGAAUGACAGCGCGGCGUGGUGUCCCUCAAGAGGUAGUAUCCGAUAAUGGCAGUAAUUUUGUGGGAGCUGAGCGGUACCUGGGAGAACUGAUUUCCGAGAUGAGUGAGGUGAAGAUUUUGGAGAAGGCCUCCAGCCUUGGCAUUAAGUGGCGUUUUAACCCCCCGUUAGGCUCACACCAUGGAGGAGUGUUUGAGGCAAUGGUGAAGUGUGCUAAGCAGUCGUUGAAGGCAAUCUUGGGAGAGGCUCAGGUAACUGACGAGGAACUGUUAACUGCUGUGAUUGAGGUUGAAGGUCUGCUGAACUCCCGUCCUAUUGUGUAUUGUGGAAACGACCCAGAGGAUGAAGUCUUGACACCUAAUCAUUUCUUACAUGGCCAAGCUGGUGGUCAGUUGUCCCCUGAGAUUCCCGCUGAGAUCGCCUUCAACCCGCGUCUUCGAUGGCGCUUUGUCCAGGAUUUAGUCCAGAAAGUGUGGCGGCGUUGGAUGAAGGAAUAUGUGACACUCUUACAGCAACGUCAAAAAUGGCUGACUCCACAACGUAGCUUAGAGAUAGAUGACAUCGUUCUAGUGGUAGUUCAGACAAACCCAAAAGGUCGUUGGCCUCUUGGCCGUGUGAUGCAAGUUUACCCAGGCAGUGAUGGUCGGACCAGAGUCGUCGACGUGGAAACCGGUGGAAAGAUUCUGAAACGCCCCAUUACGAGAUUGUGUCCCCUAGCUAUGGACCAGAUAAGGGUCUAG